AUGUAUUUCUCUAUAUUACUUGUUAUAUACACGUCAUUGUAUACAUCAUACUGUAAUUCUAGUCCAUUAUAUUUUAUUUAUCAAGAAGCAUGGCCUGCAUCCUUAACAUGGAAAUGUAGUGGUACACCAAUGUUAAAAGGACAACGUGUUCAGUUCAUUGAAGAAGCGACGGAAGUUUAUUAUGAUACAUUAAUGUCUGGAAGAUUUAUAGAAGAUAGAAAUUUAGACAUUGUCAUACCACCGAAUAGCAUAUUAAAAUCAAAAGAUUAUUUAAAUAUGCUUGAUCUAGUAAUACAUACAUCAGGAAAAAAUCUUGGUAAUCCAGUUGUAAUGCGGAUUAAUUGUGAAUUAAUGAAUAAUUUAAAAUGGGUCAAAGAAGUAUACAAUAGAGCAUUAUCCAGAAAUACAAAAACAUUUAGAGCUAUACUGGAUAUUAUUUAUAGAUUGGGUUUAUGCAUUCGUGAGAUUGAUCCACAUUUAAAUUGCCCAGAUGUUUGUCGUAGUAAAACGGAUAAAUUUUGCAAAAACAAACCAUACACUGUUGGUUUCUGUGGUACUUACAUGAAUGAGUUAUUACGUGAUGCGAAAAUCCACUAUACAGAAGAGAAAAAAGUAAAAGAAUUAAAAAGGAUUUUGGAAAAUUGGUUAUUACAUGUACCUGUUGAGAGACGUCUACCGAUGGAAUUUUUCCUGCAUUUUAAUAAUAAUAAAAAAUUGUUUCUCAAAGUCAUUGAAAUUCAACGACAAAGUGCAUUGAUAGCUUAUUGUCCUUGUGAAGCUAAAUAUAUAUAUGACAGAAAUUCAGACACAUGUUCGAAUGUAAGAAGACAACAUAGUUGUUACAGUGAUAGUUACUGUGCGAAUGGGGGUACAUGUGUACAAAAUCUGGAGAUUGAUCACCUGGAGUCAGGCUUAUUUUGUCAAUGUCCACCUGCUUUUAAAGGUGCUCAGUGCGAGUAUGAAAGAAAUCCAUGCGAAGAUGAAGUUAGCUGUGUUCCAUUUUCUUGUGUGCGAGAUCCACGAAAUUUAGAGUAUGGUUUCCGUUGUCAAUGUCCUACAACACAUCGACAUCAGACUGAAAGUGAGCCCAGGUGUAUACCCAUACCAAUUUGUGGUGAAUUCAAUAUAACAAGCGAAUUUAAAACGAGAAGGCAACCAUGUAGGAAUUCUGGUCAGUGUAUCCAAGAUACUAAUAAUCCAACUUUGUAUAAAUGUAUUUGUAGCCAUGGUUACACAGGUGAUCAUUGUGAGAUUGAACCAUCACCAGCUACAUGGAGUGUAUGGUCAGCAUGGUCUAAUUGUUUAUGGCCUGACUUAACUGAAAUAUGCCACAAAAAACCAUAUCGUCAACAAGUACGUACUUGUAUAACUCAUGCAAUCGGCCAAAAAUGUAUAGGGGAAACAAAAAGGAUAACACAUAUUGGAUGUGAUCUGAGUGUACUUCAUUCAAAAUCAGAGAUCAACGUAUCACAAACAAAACGUGAGAAUCUAAUAAACGCAUUAAAAUUAUGUGAUUUAUAUAGUCAACAAUAUGUUAUGCCAACAAGUGAAUAUGGAGUAAAUCAACAAUUUAUAAUAGUUGAAGCCGAUGAUUGGAUUACAACCGGUUUUGAGGAUGCACCACAACUACAUUUGAGUGAGUCAACAGUAAUUGAUCAAUCACAGUCAGCAAACUGGCCUACGAGACAGGAUUAUCUACUCACCACAGGAUGGAUAUAUGUGACCAUAAUUCACAUAGGAACAAUACUUUUAUGGAUUCAUUACAUACACCGUUGGAGAACACACCAAAAAGAUUAG